AUGGAUCGUAUCAACACUCUACUCCUCAAUGCUCGCGAACGGCUUGGCUGUAGUGGCUUGCGCAAUCUGGGCGAUUUAUCACAGAUGAGGCAGGAGACGCUCGAAAAACGCUUUGUGGGUGCUCAGCACCGACUCACGGUACGCAACACUCUCUCCAUCUACACAGCAUGGCUUUGGGAGAAGGUGUUUGCAAUGGCCCCCAAGGACUUGCACCACGUCAUGGAAAAAUGGUGCAUGUAUCUUUGGGGCAUUGGAUGCACACGCGAGAUGGCUCGUGUUGCAUGGACGCAGGCCCAAACCAUGUUUGGGCCCAUACCGAUAACCCGAAGCUCGCCCCAGGGUACGCUUCACAUGAAGAUUGAAUCUUCCAUUACAAAUCAGUUUCCCACCAUCCCAAAUAUCAAGAGGAAGCUUGCUGUCUUGGAGGAAAGCGCCGGAUCUAAUAAGCAAGCAAUCGCACGGACAGACCAUCAACAUGCGCCGUCACCAUCCGCAAAGAGGCACAAGGCAGGCCAUGUUGGCUCAGGCAUGUAUGAAUCUCCUUUCCGUCAGCCGGUGCCUGAAUUUCCUUCACCUGUGCCUUUUGGACGGCGAGACUAUCUUUUCCUGUCUCCUCCCACCAAAAUCGCGAACUCGCAUUCUUUCGAACACGCGGCACGCCGCACCCAAGAAGAGAAGAGCGAACCACCCUGGAGACGAGUCAACUUCAAAUUCGACUUUGGACAGGAUCCUCCACCGCGGUCGUUUGGUGGUUCGCACUGGAGUCCUCGUCACGAUGCGACCCUGAACCGCGACCGGCAAAUUGAGAACCGGCCACCCGCAGCUAUUCACAGGCGUCCAGCAGCGAUCAAAGUGGAGGACAGAUCACCAACGCCUCCGCCGCGGGUGGUAUCGGUUGGAGACGCUCCAGCGCCACCGCCGCCACAAAUGCAGAAGCAGAUGCAAAAGCAGAGCUGGCAGAUCAACAACCUGCAGAACCAGCUCAUCAAGCAUGCCAAGACUUCAGCGCCGCACGGAAAAGCGACUGUGGCGUCAAAGAUGCCAGAGAAUUCAAAAAAGGAGGAGGCAACCAAACAACAGCUGUGGCUACUGGCGAGAGGGCGAAGGCGGCCGUCUAUCCCCCUAGGAAGAGGAUGA